ACUCAGCACUAACGGGAAGGGUACACCUUAUUUAGUAAGAGAAUUUAACUUUCAUUCCAAAAGAGUACUUUCGUAAUGUGUUCUUCGUAAUUUCUUAAAAUUAAUAUAAAAACUAGGGGAACGAAAAGUUGACUGCGAAUGGAACACGAAGCCAUUGUUCUUGCCUUGAUUUGGCAAUUAGCAUCGUUGAAAAUCGUAAUAGCUUGUCAGAGAAGACUGUUUUGUUCCCCGUCUUUGAAGUUUCCGUCAAUUUUCUCAUUUAUGAGAUCAGCGUUGGAGUUUACCAGAUUCAGAUCCACCGUCUGAAUUAGUGAAAUAGAUAGGAACUAGAAUUUGGUAUUUGUGGUGCUAUUCGCGGAAGUGUUGAGAAAUGAGAUGAAGAGGGUCUUUCAACAAACUGCUUUUAUCCUGAUGAGGGAGUUAUCGCGGUGUUGUUUUGGGCACAAAAUCGAUUGGCGAAGAUUUUUUGUUCUGGUGGCUGUUUUGGCUGUAUCUGCUUUUGGGUUUCAGAUGAUUGUGCAUACUUACUUAGUUCAACCAAAUACACCGUUCAGUUUUCAUCACCAAACUGAUUUUUCGUCGCACCAAUCCUCUAAUAGCUACCUACAAAAGGUUCACCUCACUCUUACUAACUCUGUUAUUUCACCUAAUAAGUCUAACAAGUUGGUGCAAUCAUUCUCAGCUGAGCAAGAGAAUGUAAAACUAGAAACCCCAGUUCAAUGGAAGAGUUCCGUAUCUGGGAGUAGAAAGGACAAAAAUCUUGCUGAAUCAACGAAAGUCGCAGCAUCUUUAUCCACACGCAGGCAUGCUCCUAAGCAGAGACACGUAUGGUUGUUGCCACCUAACGAGGCCCUUGUGUAUGCAAAGAAAGAGAUUGAUGGUGCCCCUUCAGUUAGUGAAGAUCCCAAUCUUUAUGCUCCUAUAUUUAGGAACAUUUCUGUUUUCGAAAGGAGCUAUGAGUUGAUGGAAACGAUACUUAAAGUGUAUAUAUAUCGUGAUGGAUCAAGGCCCAUUUUUCACAAACCACCCCUUAGGGGAAUUUAUGCUUCUGAGGGAUGGUUUAUGAAGUUAAUGGAGGAAAAUAAGCAAUUUGUCACCAAGGAUCCUGAGAAGGCUCACUUAUUUUACCUUCCAUACAGUGCACGCCAAAUGGAGUUGGCACUCUAUGUGCCAGGGUCACAUAAUUUAAAACCAUUAUCAAUCUAUCUUAGGGACUAUGUGAACAAGAUUGCUGCAAGGUAUCCAUUUUGGAAUCGCACACAUGGAUCAGACCAUUUUCUUGUUGCUUGCCAUGAUUGGGGUCCUUACACAGUGACUGAACAUGAGGAAUUAACAAGAAACACCAUAAAAGCUCUAUGUAAUGCUGAUUUGUCUGAAAGAAUCUUUGUUGCAGGAAGAGAUGUUUCUCUACCAGAAACUACCAUACGAGCACCAAGAAGACCUCUUAGAUAUCUUGGUGGGAAUAGACCAUCGCUACGUCCAAUCCUUGCUUUCUUUGCUGGAAGCAUGCAUGGUAGAGUGCGUCCUAUUCUUCUUCAGUAUUGGGGUGGUGAAAAAGAUGAAGACAUGAAAAUCUACAAACGUUUACCUCUGAGAGUUUCCCGAAGGAUGACUUAUAUUCAGCACAUGAAAUCAAGUAAAUAUUGUUUGUGUCCAAUGGGCUAUGAAGUUAAUAGCCCUAGGAUCGUUGAAGCCAUAUACUACGAGUGUGUUCCUGUUAUCAUUGCAGAUAAUUUUGUGCUUCCUUUUAAUGAAGUUCUGGACUGGAGUGCUUUUUCUGUGGUGGUGGCUGAGAAGGAUAUUCCCAGGCUGAAGGAAAUUUUGUUGUCCAUCCCUUUAAGAAAAUAUCUUACAAUGCAAAAUAAUGUGAAGAUGGUACAGAAGCAUUUCCUUUGGAACUCGAGACCAAUACGAUAUGAUCUUUUUCACAUGAUUUUGCAUUCAAUAUGGUUCAACAAGCUGAACCAGAUUCAAACUCCUCAAACAUUGAGUUAUUAAAUUUGAAACCACGAAUCUUGUCUGGACGAGGUGUUGAAAAGAGUCAAAAGUAUUUUUGGAGAUAAUUCUGGACUUCGCAGCCUUUGGUUGCAUAACGAUGGCUUCUUACAUAAGAAAUUUGAUUGUGUAAAUUUAUUUUAUUAAUUGGGUCGAAUACUUGAUGCAUGGAA